AUGAAGAGAUUUGCAGAAGUUUCUGAUAUUCCCUUUAUAUUUUUAUUUCGUACCGAAAAUGAACAACGUCGUCCUGCUGCAAGCUUGCCUACUAUUGACAGCGCUCAAUUCGAUUUAAUUUGGAUCGAUGAUUGCAUUUUCGAAGCGUCUGACGACUGUCGUCAUACUCAGUCACUUUUUCGACAACUGGCUCCUAUUGCCAAAUUUGAAUCGGAUAUCGACAACGCUAUCUACAGUAUUAGCCAUGCAAAAUACACUCAGAAACAGUUUCUUGUUGUGGUAUCUGGUAAAGAAGCGUCACUCCUGUUUAGCUAUCUGAAGUACUAUGAUUUAAAUGAUCACAUCGAAGUAAUUUUCAUCUUCUGUAACAAACCUGACGAUUACCAACACUUGCAACAUGAUAAACUUUUUGGUGUUUUUACAGAUGCUAAACUUCUUAUCGACACGGUUCGUGCAUGUACAUCUGUGCAUUCGAGUAAAAAAGUACAAACACCACCGAAUCCUUUCGACGAGGGACAAACAUGGUUUCGGUCGGCUUCAAUGACCACAUUACCGCGCAUUUGGCAUAAACUUUUACUUGAGAAUCUAGUUAGUCUACCUCGCGAUGAACAGUCUAAACAGGAUAUGAUUAAAAAAGGCAAAGAAUACUUUGCCAAAGAUAUUAAGGAACUGAGACGUAUCGAAGAGUUCAGCGCUGACUAUAGCUCUGAAUUGGCUAUUCAAUGGUAUACAGCUGAUUCAUUUGUUCAUAAACUCGUCAACCACGCGCUACGUAGUGAGAAUGUUGAUUUACUCUACGCUUAUCGGUUUUUUAUCAGUGAUCUAAGCGCAGAGAUCAAACGCUGGCAAACAGUGCAACAAACAGAUUCUGGAACAGUGAUAUCAAAAAUCAAAAAUGGAUUAGGCUCUCGAAUAAAGUUAUUUAGUGGUCAGCGACUACGGAAAGGGGAGUUAGAGAAACUAAAACAAAGUAUAGGUACUAUUAUUUCCAUCAAUGGUUUUCUUUCAACGUCGAUGGAUUUGAGCGAAGCAAAAGAGUUUACCAAACGAGCAAUGCAAUUUCCCGACAUGCAACAAGUAAUUAUUGAGAUUUCAUUUGAUACUUCACUACAAGAAAUGAACGUAUUCGCCGAAAUAGCAUAUCAGUCAAAGUAUAAUGAAGAAGAAGAGGUGCUAUUCGAUUACAAUUCUCUGUUCAAUGUAACGGAUGUGAAGUGUGAUCUGUAUAGCAGUAUUUGGACGGUAAAAAUGACAUCUCUUUCUAAGAACGCAAUCAAAGAACAUCCGUAUUUAAACACCAUUCGAGAAAAUUUUGUUGAGAAUCACUCGGGAACCGUUGCAUUUGGCAUCAUCAUGGCACACGGUUUUGAUAAAGCAGAGCAAGUAAUUCGUUAUUUUGAUCAAAUGCUACUCAAUUUACCGCAUCAUCAUGUUGAUGUGCCUGAUAUUUUGCAACAACGAGCUAUUUUAUAUCAAGAGAAAGGUGAACAUGCAUUGGCUUUACAAGAUUAUGAACGGGCGCUUGAAAUUCGUCGACAACGUAUUCAAGAGAAUCUCUUAGGUAUCAGUUCUCUCAGUGGUGAUAUUGGUCGUCUUCAUUCAACAAAAUCCGAUUUUCAGGCUAGUAUGAAGAGCCACCAAUUAGCAAUGAGUACUUAUGAACAAUUAUAUGGUACAGAAAAGGAUCAUAUAACGAAAGCAAAAGUUAACGAAAGCAUCGGUCUGACUUAUUAUCAAAGUGGCAAUGCAUCGAAAGCGCUUGAAUAUCUAGCUCACACUCAGGUUGCAUACAAGCAGCUUUUGCCUGAAAAACAUUUAUUACAAAUUGAACUUCUUGGUCAUAUCGGAGCGAUUCAUGAAGAAAUGGGAAAUUUAAGUUUGGCUGAAAAAUUCUUCCGUCGCCAGUUAAAUUGGAGUGAGACAGUAUUACCAGUCGAUCAUCCACUGAUAAUUACAUUUCUCGAGUCCAUCUAUCGAAUUCACUUGAAGAUGAACCAAACGUUAAAUAUUAGUGAGAUCUUCACUGGGCAUUUGGGUAAACUCCAAAAAAUACUUGAACCGCAGGAUGCUUUAAUAUAUCGUGUUCUUUUCAUGGCUGCUUCCUUGUUUGAAUCAUCAACUCCAGCUGAAGCUAUAAGAUUUUAUGAACAAACUAUUGAUCUCAGUCAAAUUUCAACGCAAUUGGGUCGGUCGACCAUGUUAAAAUGUCAUAAAAAGCUUGUAGAAAUGUACAAAAAAUCAUGA